UAACCUCCACAAUAAAUAAAAAAACAAUAAAAAAGUUAUUUACUAAAUAGUCAAAGAGUUUGGUCUCUGGGUCUCAUUUCUUUUCCUUACCGUUUUUGCUAAUUCUUGGGGGAAAGGGGCUGCUCGAUUGCAGGUCAGAUGGGCUCUUGACUUCCUGCUGUGUUCUUGUGAAAUUUUGGGUACUUUGAUUCUUGUAUCUUGCUAUUCCUUGAGGUGCAUAAGUACUGUAAUGCACUGCUGUUGAAAAACUUAAAUUAUGCUGACACCGAAAGUUUUGCCUGCUUGUCAAUGGUGGACUACUUGCUUAUCAAAUGCAGUUAAAAGAUCCCUCUUGAACUUCAAUUUCCAGAUGUCGAGCUUAGAGGAGCCUCUAGGUCUCGACAAUUUUCCAAGCUUAAGUGGGGUAUGUUGGAUCCAGAGGUUUAGUCCUAACGCUUGGAGCCCCAGAGAAUAUGAAACUGAAAUGGGUAAUUGUUUGAUUGAAGGUAGACAAUGCAGCUCUUCAAAUAGUUGCUCUGAAGAAUAUACAUGGGGAAGGAAAACAAAGGAUAUGUACUGCUCAGACUCUUUACUUUGGAGGAGAUCAAGCCUUUGUAGGAGUCGAAUGGUCUUUGAUAAUGUUUCUGAUUCAUGGUAUUUACAAGGUCAUCAAACUCGUCACUACCACUCAUCAAGCAAUGGCAGGGAGAGUGAUCUAACAAAUAAGUUCUUGAGGGUUAUGCCAAAAUUUGUAAAGAUAGUCGAAGUUGGACCAAGAGAUGGAUUACAAAAUGAAAAGAAUACUAUACCCACAGCUGUAAAAAUUGAACUAAUACAGAGGUUGGCCUCUUCCGGAUUAUCUAUUAUUGAGGCCACCAGUUUCGUCUCUUCGAAAUGGGUACCACAGUUGGCAGAUGGAAAGGAUGUGAUGGAAGGAAUUAAACAUAUUGAGGGUGUGAUGUUCCCUGUGCUAACCCCAAAUCUCAGAGGAUUUGAGGCUGCUAUUGCAGCUGGAGCAAAGGAAGUCGCAGUAUUUGCAUCAGCUUCUGAAGCUUUUUCUAAAUCAAACAUCAAUUGUAGCAUUAAAGAAAGCCUUGCCCGUUAUCUUGAUGUCACUCUUGCUGCAAAGAAAUUAGCCAUACCUGUAAGAGGGUAUGUAUCAUGUGUUCUGGGGUGUCCAAUAGAAGGCGAGGUGCCUCCAUCAAAGGUUGCUUAUGUGGCAAAGGAACUUUAUGACAUGGGAUGCUCUGAAAUCUCGCUUUGUGAUACUAUAGGAGUUGGUAGUCCAGGAGCUGUCAUUCCAAUGCUUGAAGCUGUCAUGUCGGUCGUUCCAACUGAGAAAUUGGCUGUUCAUUUCCACGACACCUAUGGUCAGUCUCUGGCCAAUAUUUUGAUCUCCCUUCAGAUGGGGAUCACCACUGUGGAUGCAUCGGUCUCUGGCCUUGGGGGCUGCCCCUACGCCAAGGGCGCUUCCGGAAAUGUUGCCACUGAGGACGUCGUCUACAUGCUCCAAGGUCUCGGCAUAAAGACCAACGUUGAUCUUCGCGAGCUUAUUGCCGCUGGUGAUUUCAUCAGUAAGCAUUUGGGUCGCCAGUCCGGCUCUAAAGCUGCCAUUGCUUUGAGCAGAAUUGCUGAUUCCUCCAAAAUAAUUUAAUUUGAUGAUAAGUUGUAUGUUGGAUGAUGAGAAUUGAGAUGGGUGAUUAUAAGUAAUGUUUACGUGAUGUAUGAUGCAUGGAGUAAAGUUUUAAUGCGACUUGAGAUAUCAUUGUAUACGUAUAAUAUUCAGAAUUCUUGUAUUGGAGCUAUAACAAGUGUAACUUAAAACU